AUGGAGAUCCGACGCGCUUUGCCCCAGGAUUGCCGGGAGCUGCUGCACUGCCUGAAGAUGAGGAGCAAGUACGCCGUCCUGCUGGUCUUCGUCGUCGGCCUCGUCAUCAUCGAGAAGGAGAACAACUUCAUCUCCAGGUAGGCAGCGGGUUCCUAAGCCACCCCGCGCUUUUCACCCUUUCUCUCCCCCACGUCGGCCGGCCCGGCGCCGGCCGAGAACGGCUCGCUGGCCUCGCUGCGAGAGCUGGAUGCCGCCUUCUCCCAGCUGAGGUCCCAGCUGCGCAACAUCACCCUGCAGCUGGCGGGCGAGGGGGACCCCGGACCGCGGCGGCACGUCCUGCUGAUGGCCACCCCCCGCACCGGCUCCUCCUUCGUGGGGGAGUUCUUCAACCAGCAAGGCAGCGUCUUCUACCUCUUCGAGCCCCUCUGGCACAUCGAGAGAAUGGUGACCUUUGAGCCGGGGGGAGCCAACGCGGUGGGCUCAGCCCUGGUCUACCGGGAUGUUCUCAAGCAGCUCCUCCUCUGCGACCUCUACAUCUUGGAGAGCUUCAUCUCGCCGGCGCCCGAGGGCCACCUGACACCCUUCAUGUUUCGGCGCGGCUCGAGCCGCUCGCUCUGCGAGGAGCCCGUCUGCACGCCCAGCGCCAAGAAGGUCUUCGAGAAGUACCACUGCAAGAACCGCCGCUGCGGUCCCCUCAACAUCACCCUGGCCGCCGAGGCGUGCCGGCGCAAGCAGCACGUGGCCCUCAAGACGGUGCGCAUCCGGCAGCUGGAGGCAGUUCCCGGCAUCGCCAGCAUCCCCGGGUUUGCUGAGUGA